AGAUUAGAGAUAAUGAAGAAGAAUCAAUGAAGAUCUCUCAAUAAUUAGUACCUAUAGCCUAGUUAUUUGUUCAUUCCAGCACCUGUGACAGACCAUCUGAUUAUGUCUUUCUCAGCAUAUUUGUCUCGGGCUGCUUGCCGAGUUUUAGAUCUAAAAUGCUCGGCAAAAACACUGUCUCCGUCUUCAUGGGUUAUUGCCCAAGACAGCAGUGCAUGGAAUCCCGGAGUCAUUUGUUCUCAACACCAGCAAAUCAGGUGGCGAAGUGCCAAAAAAAGACGCCACACCGUACAACCAUUUUGGCAUGCCCAAGUUACCCGCACAAUGCAUCCAGAGGGAAUAACCACAGAGAAUGAGGAAUUUGUAGAAGAGACCAUCAAGACCUUGUAUGAGUCUCCUCUGGAAAAGGCUCCAUGGCCCAUAGGAGAGUGGGCUCCAAAGUCUCAGAGGUGUGGUCUCAUUGGCAAAAAACUCGGCUCAACAAUAAUGUGGAAGAAAGAUGGAACAAAAUUACUCACAACCAUGAUCCAUAUAAGUGACAACCACGUGAUCCGCUAUAUACCGGCCUCGGAGCUCAUCAAGAAUGCUCAUCUGCACCACGUCCGUCUGAGCAAACGCCCUCGCGGUGCAUUGCUUGUUGGUUCAGACUCGGCUGAUCCUAGGCUGUUCACGAAGGAGUACUUCAAUAUGUUCGAGGAGGCUGGUGUCAUGCCCAAAAAGAAGCUCACAAAAUUCUUGGUCACAGACAACGCAAUCCUGCAGCCAGGGACGCCGUUACACGCAACGCACUUCAGGCCUGGUGAUUACAUCGAUAUUGCGGGAUUUACGACGGACCAUCAAGGUGCGAGUGGCAGGAGCUUCAUGCCAUUGCCGGCGUCUCAGACCAUCUUACGGAUCAAUUCGCAUUACAACGUGCUGUGGGUGUUGGGCAAGAUACCUGGAGCCAUAAACGAUUACGUCAACCUCUAUGACAGCGGCCUGUUGCAUCACCGGUACAGGGACCCUGACAACCACCCGCCUUUCCCCACACAUUUCCCUGAGGAGCAAACCAUAGAGCAUGUCGACUGGUACGCUGAAGAUAUCCACAAGUUCACCGACGAGUCAAUAGUUUUUGAGGAAGAAGGAGUCGCUUGAAAGUAACUGCUCUGAUGGGUAGCAAAAGCUGCUGUGCAAACAUACUUGUAUAAAAUUUAUGAAUGC